ACGCGUAGCCCCCUUAGUACACGCGUAUAAUGCCACUACCAACAGUUCUACAGGAUUCUCUCCAUAUUUUCUUAUGUUUGGUCGUCAUCCGAGACUCCCUAUUGAUAUUAUUUUGGGUCUGGAUAAGCAAAAUAAUGGUUCAUCUACCACAGUAACUAAGUACGCAAGCGAUAUGCAAAACCGCUUAGAAGAUGCUUAUAAGCGAGCGGCAGCGCAAGCGAUCAAAUCGACCAGCGCGAACAAAGAGGCGUAUGACAGAAAAGCGCGUGAUUCUGCUCUCCAAAUUAAUGAUAGAGUUUUAGUUAGGUCAUUAGGUUUUAAGGGUGCCCAUAAACUUUCUGAUAGGUGGGGUAAAACAACAUAUAAAGUAGUUAAGCGUGUAAGUCCUGAUAUCCCUGUAUAUGUUGUACGACCUGAUGUUAUAAAAGGCCCUGAGCGAACUCUUCACAGAAAUCACCUGUUACCUAUUCUGUCUCUUCCCCUUGAUGAUAAUCAGCCACCCCAACCACAUGCUACCCGAGUACAUGACUCUAACAAACUGAGUACCAGUGGGCUCAGCGAUCGGCCAAAACCAGCUCCUCGACCUGUUUCCUCGCCCCGCAUCCCAGUCCCUGCACCUCGUCGCUACCCAGUCCCUGCCCCACGACAACCUUCCCCAGCCCCUCCUGUGCCAGUUCCUGAUUCUUCUAAUUCAGACCCGAGUGAUAUUCCUCCCGUACCACGCCCUAGAAGAACGACAAAACCCCCUGUAAGAUUUUCAUAUGCUAUGUCUGAAAGUAGUUCGAAUUCUUGUAAUGAUGCUAAUUUGUUGUUUAAACUCUUAGAAGAUGCGUCUAGAGAAGCAGAACGGAAUGCAUCUCUUAGACGAAUGAUUUUGCAAACGUUUGCUUAAAUUGCUAUUGUUUUGAUGUUUCUAAAGGAUUUUUAGAAUUUUUAUCUAUUUUUGUUACACAUUGUCAUUUUGUUUGACUUAAUAUUUAUAUUGCUCUCGUUUAAGAAAUUUGUGUUAAUUGAUUGUUUCAA